UGUGCGAUGAUUAACUGAGCAGGUUCAGGACGACUGAGGAGAGAGAAAAAAAACAAUUUUUUUUAGAUUGUUUAUUUAUUUAUUUUUAAUAGAUGGAUGUUGGCGUUGUGUUUGUUUUCGUCGUUUGGUGAGGAAAUGAGCGGGAGAAAAAACAAGCAUGAAGAGGAUCUAACUAAUUUCAUCAACAUCUACACAACAAAAUGCCACCCAAGAUGAGAGAAAACAUGGAGCCCAAGAUAAUCAAGUUGAAAGCGACACCCUGCUGCCUCAUCCUAUCCUCACACAUCCAGAAGGUCGAGAGAAGAGAAAGGGUCCCAUGAUCUCUGCUGGUGAUGCCGAGUUCCCGCGGGAUUACCACACCCUGGCUGCCACUGGCGGCCGCGGGGUGCGACGCUUCCCCAACAACUCCAACGGAGGGUUCACGACAUCCUCGCUGGAUCGCCGACACAACUCCGUGGCCGCCAAAAGCCUGGAGGCCCUGAACAGCAUCCACAAAGCGGACAUCGAACGUCAGCGAGACGCCCUGAUGGACCUCCAAAAGAACAAGUACACCAACAGCCCCGGCAGCAUGUCGCAGGGUUCUGCUGCCGUCGGCCGACAGCAACAACCAAACUACUGGAGCUUCAAGACUCGAACACCACGUGUGACCCGACUCAGCCCGACACAGCCGGCACUCGCUGACCAGGCCAGCAGGGUUUCCUUCGCCUCUGCUGAAAAUCUGGAGACCAUGUCCGAGCCCGACAUCCCCAUCGGCUUCAACCGGAUGAACCGGCUGCGUCAGAGUCUGCCACUGGCCCGCUCGUCCAGCCAAGCCAAGCUAAGGGCGCCAGGGAUCUUGUUCCUCCAGCUUGGGGAGGAGACUCGCCGGGUGCAUCUGACCCAUGAGCUGACCAGCCUGGACACCCUGAGGGCCCUCAUUGUGCACAUGUUCCCCCAGAGGCUCACCAUGGCCAUGCUCAGGUCCCCCAGCACGGCUCUGCUGAUCAAAGAUGAAACCCGCAACGUCUUCUAUGAGCUGGAGGACCCGCGAGACGUUCAGGACCGCUGCGUAAUUAAAAUUUACUGCAAAGAGCCAAUCUAUGGCACCUACCCUGGACACCACAACCCCCACCUGGCAAACGGAGACCUGCGGAGGGAGAUGGUGUAUGCUCCGCAGGACUCUUCACCUAGCCGUCGCCUCAGCAACCCUCCCAUGUCUUCCCAGCAUUCGUCCUCAUCUGCCUCGCCUCCUCAUGGCUCGCCGUCCCGUGCCCGUCUGCUCUACAGCACCGGCAGACCCUCUUCCUACGCAGGGCCACCCCACCACACCCACUCCCUGCCACACCCACACUCCCAGUCCCACCACUCCUCUCCCCACCAGCAGCCUCAGCUCCACCAGCCCCAUCACACCCAGCCGGCCUUCUCCACCUCCUCUAGCGCCAUCCUGGAGCGGAGGGAUGUGAAGCCCGAUGAUGAAGUGGGGGGGCACAGAAGCAUGGUGCUGCUGCGGGGAGAUGACCGGAUGGGAGGUGGGAUCUACGCGGAUCCGUAUUCUCUGGGCCCGGACCCGAGUCGGCUGAGUCUUGCUGGAGGUCCUCACUCUCCUCUGCCAGCCAGAGCCGACCCGUAUGGCUCCUUAUACCGCAGAGGUGGAGGCGGGGGAGGUGGUGGCCCUGGAUCAGUGCGUACUCUCACCUCCUAUUCUGCAGCUGCUUUACAGGGAGAGCUGAUGGAAAGUGGCGCCCUCUACAGGCCUGGGGGACCACUUUAUAACGACGCCUACGCUGCUUCUAUGUUGGCCAUGGGGCUGCGGGUGCCACCACCCUCCUCCCCACAGAAGAUACCCGACCUGAGGGAUUCAUACGGAGGAACCAUGCCCACUCGGGGCUCGCCCGGGAGGCAGAAUUUGAGAAGGGACUCCAUCACCUCCUCUGUGUUUGGAGACAGUCCUAAAGCCAGGGGCCAGGGCCCGGGACUGGGUCUGACUGCAGAGCAGCUCUGUCUGAUGGCCGGAGGGGAAGGAGGAGGAGCAGGAGGCUUCGGCUCACCUCUGCUGGGGAAUGAAACGGAAACCAGGGAGCGUAUGGAGGCCAUGGAGAAGCAGAUAGCCAGCCUGACCGGACUGCUGCAGAGAGUUCUGAGCAGAGCACCUGAAGCAGAAAGCCCGGAGAAGAUUGAGUCGGCCAGUGACUGCUCAGGAACUGAUGCUCUGACACCAUCUGCUCCGCUGGCCCUGAUGCCACCUCCGUCCUCAGGGCCCCACCAGCCCGUGGCAGUUUCUCGUCUGCAGAUGCAGCUCCACCUUCAGGGCCUGCAGCAGAACACCAACGCCCUGCGCAAACAGCUGUCACAGCUGCGCAACAUGCAGCUGGAGAACCAGGACUCGGUUCUCUCCCUGCUGAGGCAGACGGAGUCCGAGCUGAGCCUCAUGAUGCUGGACGCCAUGCGCACGCAGGAGGACCCGCUCCAGAGGCAGCGCCUCCUGGUGGAGGAGGAGCGACUCAAGUACCUGAACCAGGAGGAGCUGCUCAUCCAGCAGCUGCACGACCUGGAGAAGUCUGUGGAGGAGCUGCAGAGGAACUCGUCUGUUAACCACGGGCUGGUGACGGAGCACGACGUGGAGCAGAAGAGCAAAGAGCUGAGGAUGCUGGGAGAGACGCUCACCGAGCUCAAAAAUCAGUUCCCCAGCCUGCAGAGCAAGAUGCGGGUGGUGCUGAGGGUGGAGGUGGAGGCUGUCAAGUUCCUGAAAGAGGAGCCUCACCGCCUGGAAGCUUUGCUUAAGCGCUGCAACACUAUGACUGAUGCCCUCAGCAUGCUGCGCAGACUCCUUUGGUUCUCUGUGGGAAAAUGGCAAGUCACUGAGGGUGUGUGGAAGGGCCCUGAAGAGCUCUCCAACCAGCCCCAGAAGAAGGCCGAGGAUCUGAGUCGCAGCUCUGACCUGGACAUCCUGAACAGUCCUCCUCUCAGCCUCACCGACCUGAGCUCCAGCUCCGGCCUGGCCAACUGGAUGCCCGUGUCUGCCGGAGACGCAGACGCCUCAGGCCCUGAGCAGGACAUCCCGCCCUCCAUGACCUUCAGAAAUCGCGUUCUGGAUGAGCUGCCUAGUCGGCGUCCUGCUGACAAGUCCGUGUCUGCUGAAGUUAGACUGCAUCUUAUUUAUCCACAUCUGUGUGCAUGUCAGGCGGCUGAGCGGGACUGGGAGGAGAAACGUGCCAGCUUGACCCAGUUCAGCGCCCAGGACAUCAACCGCCUGCUGGAGGAGACCCAGGCUGAGCUGAUGAAGGCCAUCCCGGACCUCGACUUCGCUGCCAAGCACAUAAACAAACCGGUGGUACCCCCCAAGCCCCAGAUCACCAUCCCAGUAACCUCCACCACAGCUACUUCUCCUGCAGCUGGAAGCACUGGGACCACAGCCACCACCACACCCAGCGGGGACCAGCAGCCUGGCAAAGUGCAGCUGGCUGCCCAGAAACUGAACAGCAUGGAGGGGGCUGCUUCUCAUCGAGGGUCGGUGGACCUGAACGUAGCCAGGUACAGAACAGAAAAACCCUCCAAGUCCCCGCCUCCACCUCCCCCUCGGCGAAGCUUCCCAUCAGCACACGGUCUCACCACCAACCGCACCGGAGAAGUUAUCGUCACCACCAAGAAUCUGAAGAUGGAAGAAGAUGGUGACAUGCCCAAAACACUGGUGAAACUGAGGCGGACCCCCUCCGACACCCCCCGACCUGCCUCAACUCCCCCGGUGAUCGCAGCUUCAGCCGUUCAAGACGACGACGAGGAGAAGAUCAUAGCGGAGCUGCAGUUAUUUCAGAGAACGCCAGUAAAAGAUCCCCCUCGUAGUAAAGAGUACAGCAGCCGACCAAAGGCCACCCCUCCCUGUGUUUUUGGCUCCUCCGGCAGAAAGAACAGCAGCAACUCUCCGGGACCGACAAAGGGUCCGACGGUGGCAGCCCGACUGAAGCACCUUCAGCAGGGCAGCCUGGAGAGGCCCAAGACCCGCAAGCAGAAAGAGGAUUUCCCCAAAGUCCAGGGCCAGCAGCAGCGCUGAGCUUUUGUCACAGCAGACACGCCACCCAUUGAUCCAGCCGAUCAUCAGUUUGGCUGACGUUUUCCUUCGCUGCUUCUUCUGACAUCUUUUUGCUCUGUGGGCCAGUCUUUCCUUUCUCCCCCCUUGCUUUGCCUUUUGUCAUUCUCUGCUUCUCAGGUCUCAUCUGGACUAAUUACGUGAGGAGUGAGUACUUGGAUCAUUCCGGUUUUGGACUUCUAAAUCCCUAUUCAGACCUCAAAGGUGUGAGAUUUUGUCUUUGACUUUAUCAGCUAGAGGUCACUAAAUUAUAUUAAACUGGAAGGGGGUGGGGUAGUAGUGUAAAAGGGUUGGAUUCCUACACUCUGUAGUAGCAGCGUGUCACCUCUAACAUGUGAAUCCAUCUUCCAACAUGACUAACAACCAAACAAUAUCUGUGUUCCAGUUUCACACCAGAUUCAUGCAGAAAUGUUGAUUAAAGAUUUUUUUUUGUUUGUUUUGUUUUGUUAGUUUUUUGAGCCAGAAAAGACUAAAUAAAUGAAAACAAGCUGACAGAAGAAAAUAAAUGUAAAUUCAUGCUGCUGUUGGAGGUUGGAACAAAGAGGACAUAAAGAGAUUUUCAAGCCACAUUCAUGUAAUUUACACUAAAAUCUGUUCCUGUUUGUGCUGCUUUUAGAAAAUAUGCUGCUUUAAGUUAUUCAGAUUCCACAACUUAAACUUCUGACAAGUUCUGCACAAACCUGUUAACGGCCUGGUAAUUUAAUUCAGGUGUGCAGAAGCGUCUAAAACCUGCAGGACAUCAGCCCACCAGGACAUCUCUGGCUUAGACUGUUACCAUGGUAAUCAAAACCUAAAGAUCCCUUAUAACCCAGAAUGAUAAAUAAAAAAGAAAAAUAUUAAUGAGCUCCAUGAAUUAUAAAGUUUUCUAAGCUGAGAAAGUUGAAUCUUUUGGUCUCCUGGUGAAAAUGAAUCUGGAAAACAAUUCUUUUAACAUAAAUGAACAUAAACUGCACGUAAAGCUGAGCAUAAACCUGCUUUGAGCGCUGUGCACGUCGUCAGAAACGAACGGUACUGGAAUAGAUGCAGGACCAGGGAGACAGGUGGCGGCAGAGCAGCAACUGUCACCACAUCCACAUCCUCGAUUUACAGGCUUUAAUGUCGUCUAUAAAACCGGAGGAAUCUUUUCCUGCUGUGAUCUUAACAUCAGUUAAAUAGUAAUUAUUCAUUAUUUACAUCCUGCUCAUCUGGAUGAUCUUGACCCACUUAGCAGGUGUUUAAAGACAUCUGUAAGAAGUUUAAAGGUCUGUAUUUGAGUCAAGUUAAGAAUGAAUGUUUUAAAGUUAAUUUACAUUCAGCCAAAACUUGACAAGAAUCAGCAGCAUGAACAAAGUGAAUAGUAGCUACAAAACUGCGUCUCACAUCACUGACAGCAGGGAAUCUGCUCGACUGCUGGUAUUAUUCUCUCUGCUGUGGGUAGGUUGUAGCAUAUAUACCAGCUUUCGUAAGUUUUCUUUGAGUUUGGGCUGAAAACAAAAUUAAAAAUUUAUUUUAAAGUAUUUAAUGUCCCCUUUAGAGCAUCUUGUUGGCAACAGAAAGUACGUUUUAUCCACUGGUGGAAUGAAUUUGGAAAAAUAUCUUCAGGCUUUUAUCGUCUGUCUUUUAACUCACAGCUGAACAUUUUACAUUUUUAAUAAUUGUUUUUGACAAUGAAAAAAAUUUUAAACAUUCAGAUAGCAAACCAGUUUUUAUAUAAACCUAAAUAGUGACGAUCCAGCUGGACUUUGUAUGGACGUAAAGGUGAAAUUAGGACCAACUUUCUCCAUGUUACAGCUGCAUAUUUAACUAAAUAUAAGUUUAUUAUCUGUGGCUGAUGGUCAUGUCAGUGUAUUGGUCGCUUCCUAACGACGGCUAA